AUGGCAAGGCAAGUGAAGCAUCGAGAUACUCAACAACUGACUACAAUGGAGCAGACCUAUGAGGGCUUCUUCACAGACUUCGAUGAGGAUUGCGUCGACCAGUAUAAGGCCGAAGAGACAUCACAGAGUGAGCAAACUCUGCCGACCACGAGAAGGCCGACUAUCUGGGAUCGAGCCGUAGAUGGCAUCCUGCUAAGAUCUGAAUGCCUCGUAUGGCCCGAUAGCAGAUUCCGUAGAACUUGGGAUAUCAUUCUACUGCUGCUCAUACUCUACCAGGCUGUCACUGUGCCGCUACUACUCGCAUUCCCAUAUAUACAUCUCUCUAAGGGUUACGAACUAUUCGAGGAUGUGAUGACUAUGUUCUUCCUCCUAGAUGUACUGGCCAACUUCUGCACGGGAUAUCAGAAGCCGAAUGGAGUUAUCGAGAUGGACGCUAAGCAUGUCGCUUUACAUUACCUCAAAGGAUGGUUUCUGCUCGACUUGGUGGCAUCAUUUCCUUAUUCAUGGAUUAUCACGGCAGCAGCUGGCAGCGAUUCGGCGGCCUCUCGUGGACCGAAUCUCCUCCGUAUCAUCCGACUUGGUCGCAUCACGAGGGGUUUGAAGUUAGUGCGACUCCUUAAAAUCAAAAGCGUGAUGGAUGAGGUCUCGGCUUCAUUUGCUGGAGCUCUGGUUGAGUCGUUCGCCAUGACUAUCAUCGGUAUGGGCAAGCUCAGCAUCCUAUUGCUUAUCGCGCACUGGAACGCCUGCGCAUUUGGUAUGCUAGGCUGGGAGCUGUAUCGUUCUGGCGCUGAAAAUUGGAUAUACAGGCUUGAAGAGAUCAGAGGUGAAUACCCCACGGAGUUGGUGACUCUCUAUCAGAGAGCGUGCACGGAUGGUGAUCCUGCUGAGCUGAUGGCAACCCCGUACACCAAUUGGGAUGAGUAG